GGACCCACCAUGGCCGUGAUAGCACUCAAGUGCCCUGAUAUUGAAGUAGUCGUGGUCGACAUCUCCGAGCCAAGGAUCACUGCCUGGAACAGUGAUCACCUCCCAAUCUAUGAGCCCGGACUCGACGAUGUGGUGAAACAAUGCAGAGGCAAAAACCUUUUCUUUAGCACAGACGUGGAGAAGCAGGUCUCCGAGGCUGAUAUUGUCUUUGUCUCUGUCAACACUCCGACCAAAACACAAGGUCUUGGAGCCGGCAAAGCUGCUGAUCUCACUUACUGGGAGAGUGCUGCCCGUAUGAUCGCCGAUGUCUCUAAAUCCAGCAAAAUCGUCGUCGAGAAAUCUACUGUCCCCGUGAAAACAGCCGAGGCAAUCGAGAAGAUCUUGACCCACAACAGCAAAGGCAUAAACUUUCAGAUUCUCUCAAACCCGGAAUUCCUCGCCGAGGGAACUGCUAUCCAGGAUCUCUUUAACCCAGACCGUGUUCUGAUCGGUGGAAGGGAUACCCCGGAUGGGCAAAAGGCCAUUGAGACACUGAAACAGGUUUAUGCCCAUUGGGUUCCUGUGGAACGGAUCAUUUGCACCAACCUCUGGUCAGCCGAGCUCUCCAAGCUUGCAGCGAAUGCGUUCUUGGCUCAGAGGAUAUCUUCUGUCAAUGCCAUGUCAGCUCUGUGCGAGGCAACGGGUGCUGAUGUUACACAGGUUUCGCAUGCCGUGGGUAAGGACACGAGGAUUGGACCCAAGUUCUUGAACGCCAGUGUCGGUUUUGGUGGAUCCUGUUUCCAAAAGGACAUCCUGAAUCUUGUAUAUAUCUGCGAGUGUAACGGCUUGCCUGAGGUGGCUAACUACUGGAAACAAGUCAUUCAGGUGAACGAUUAUCAGAAAACUCGGUUCGCAAACCGGGUUGUUUCCUCGAUGUUCAACACAGUCUCCGGCAAGAAGAUUGCUGUCCUCGGGUUCGCCUUCAAGAAAGACACUGGCGACACCAGAGAGGCACCGGCCAUCGAUGUCUGCAACAGUUUAGUGAAUGAUAAGGCCAAGCUGAGCAUUUACGAUCCUCAGGUAGCGGAAGAACAGAUCAAGAGAGAUCUUUCCAUGGCUAACCGAGCUGCAAUCACCGAGCAAGUGAGUGUGGUCUCGGAUGUUUAUGAGGCGACCAAAGAUGCACACGGGAUCUGUAUCUUGACGGAGUGGGAUGAAUUCAAAUCUCUGGACUUCCAGAAGAUCUUUGACAAUAUGCAGAAACCAGCGUUCGUGUUUGAUGGCAGGAACGUUGUGGAUAUGCAGAAGCUGAGGGAGAUAGGGUUCAUAGUUUACUCCAUAGGCAAGCCCUUGGAUUCAUGGCUCAAGGACAUGCCUGCUGUUGCAUAAAAGGCUAUAGAGGAUGUGUCCGAAUACAAAGACAACUUCAACAUGGAGAUAUUUUUUGUUUUGUUUUUUAUGUUUUUCCUUUCGAAGAGUGAAUCUGAUUUUGUUGCAUUGUUUUUUCUUUUCUGUAAUAAACACAUUUAUUUA